AUGGCGAAUUCAUCUUCUUUCCCAACUCGAGAAGACAAAGAAAAGAUAUUUCGAAUGAUGUUCGAAGCACAAAAUAAGUUUAGACAAGCUUGUUGUCUAUGGUCUGAAAAGAAGAAAUACAAGAGAACUACGUCAGAUUGUGAGCAUAUAAAAGGAGAUGUGAUUCUGGAAAAUAAUGUGGAUGCUAUAAGUUUUCAGUCACUUCUAGAUAUUCGUGAAAUUCAAGGGAGCCUUGUCUUACGGAAUACGACAAUCCUCGAAUUCGGACUUCCUUUACUUGAAAGAAUUGGAUUUGAUGAUAGAGAUAAAUCCCGUUCGAAAGCAUCAUUGAUAAUUGAGAAUAAUAAGUAUUUGACCCAUUUGAGAAUCAGGAAACUUGUAGAAAUUGUGAAGCAUUCAUCUCAAAAACACGCAAUUGUGGAGAACAAUCCAAACUUAAAAAUAGAUGCAAAACAAUACGAAAUAUUCAAAAAAGCAGCGAAUGGAAGCCUGGAUUUUGAGCAUUUCAAUCCUCCCUGGCGUAGAUAUAUUCGUGGAAUUACUUAUGAAUUAUGGCCAUAUUUUCUAUUCGGAUUCAUGAUUAUCAUCGUAUUCACUCAUCAUUUCAUCAUGCUGGAAAGAAAAGAUAAAGAAAUGAUUGAUUGUUUAAACAAGAUGAGAGACUCUACUAUCGCGGCUGAGCUAUUGAUCCAGACUCCGAUGGAUGUCACUCUUGCGUUCGACAUGGAUGUCCUUCACUUGUGUACAGAUCAGACUGAACUCAUUAAGAAAAUUGAAAAAUUAUUGAAUGAGAACAUGCCGGCAUUCAAAGGAGCGAGUUCUGAAGUAGUCUCAAAUAAGGAAUGA